AUGGCGCUCACCAUAUUGUCGCUUUCUACUGCCGCGAUGGAUCAUUCCAGAAUUCAUAAGGAAGACGUGGAUAGAGGUUAUUCAAGUAACGAGGAAUUUACUAACCACAAAGAAAAGAAUAAUUACGUACCCACACUUACAACACUCUCUUCGAGAAAUGAAAUAGCUGUUGAAAAGUUUGUGGACACAAUGAUAUCGAGUGAACACUAUUUGAAAAGGAUUCUAACGAUCGAAGGAAAACUAACACAUCUAAAUUCGCUUUUCCAUAACAAAACAAAUAUAAUUCUCAAGUAUCUUUCUGAAGUUAUAAGAUCGGUGAAUUCCUCUCCUGUUCAUGUGAUGGAGAGGGCCGUGGAGUCUCUGAAGGAAGAUUUUAAUAAAAUAAAACAUAUGUUGAAGCAAAGAGUACAAGGCCAUCCGAUACGUCGAGGUAAUUUUAUUGAACAUAGUUAA